AGCAUAGUGGAAACCAUGUUCAUACUGGCUCCUUCCAGCUUUUGUUGCUCUUUGCUUGCACCGAUCCAUCACUCAAGGAUCUGUCCUUUCUUAAGCUGUCAUUCCUUGUUCAUCGUUGUGGCUUAUCAUGCAUUGCUUGUGCUUGGUGGUACCCAUGCUUUUGCUCCAGAAAUGUUAGGCAUAGUUGUGGCUUGGUUCUGUUCAUCCCGAUGGAUAACAAAAGUUCUGUGCUCUUCAUAUCUCUUAUCGCCUUUUUAGCAGGCUGCGGAGCGACCGGAAUCAGCAGGUGCGAUUUUCCGAAACAGUUUGUGUUUGGCACAGCGUCCUCUGCGUAUCAAUAUGAAGGGGGUGCGAAGCAAGGUGGACGGAAGCCAAGCAUUUGGGACAAAUUCUCUCAUACUUUCGGCAAGAUUUUGGAUGGCAGCAAUGGCGAUGUUGCUGAAGAUCAAUACAACCGGUAUCAGGAGGACAUAUUACUGAUGAAAGAACUUGGCAUAGAUGCAUAUCGAUUUUCGAUUUCGUGGUCUCGUAUUUUCCCUGGUAAAUAUGGCGCUGCAUUCAAGCGUUAUUUGAACCUUUACUGCAAUGCAGAUGGAAACACAACGCAAGUAAAUGCUGAGGGUGUGAAUCACUACAAUGGCUUUAUCAACGCUCUCUUAGCGAACAAUAUUGAACCUUACGUUACCCUUUACCAUUGGGAUCUUCCACAAGCGCUUGAAGACUCAAUUGGGGGAUGGCUUAGUUCUGAGAUUGUAAACAGAUUUGCCGCCUACGCUGACGCUUGCUUCAACGCAUUUGGCGAUCGGAUCAAGUACUGGAUUACUUUCAAUGAACCCCAGUCGUUUGCAACGUCAGGAUACGACUUAGGCAUUCAUGCGCCAGGAAGAUGCUCAAUACUUUUAUGUUCGAAAGGAAACUCCGCCACUGAGCCUUACGCUGUUGCUCAUAAUGUGCUACUCUCACAUGCGGCCGCAGUGCGCAUCUACAGAACGAAGUAUCAGGCCCGGCAAGGUGGAACAAUUGGAAUUACCUUGAAUUCGUUCUGGUAUGAGCCGCUUUCAAACUCCACAAAUAAUAUAGCAGCUGCACAGAGAGCUCUGGAUUUUGAGCUCGGGUGGUUUUUAGAUCCAAUCGUUUAUGGUGAGUAUCCAGCAGUUAUGCGUGAUUACGUCGGACAUCGCCUGCCGAUGUUCACAGAGGAGCAACGUUCUUCUUUGCUGCUAUCGAUUGACUUCCUUGGACUUAAUCACUACACUACCAAUUUUGCAUCUGCGCUACCUCCUCCGCUUAUAAAGAACUGGACAGACUAUUUUCAGGAUUCCAGAGUAUUCAGAACAGCAUCUCGUGGUGGAGUUUCAAUUGGACGAAGAGCGGCAUCCGUUUGGCUAUACGACGUGCCAUGGGGUUUUCGAAAGCUAGUCAGCUACGUAACUCACCGUUACAAUCAGCUGCCAAUUAUCAUAACAGAAAAUGGAAUGGACCAGUCCAGUUUCUUAUCACGAAGCAGCGCUUUGCACGACAGCCACAGAAUUGACUUUCAUAGCAACUAUCUGUCAAAUCUUUCCGCCGCGAUCAGGGACGGAGCUGACGUCCGGGGAUACUUUGUGUGGUCAAUGUUGGACAACUGGGAAUGGAGUGCGGGAUUCACUUCUCGCUUCGGUCUCUAUUAUGUGGACUACAGAGACAAUUUGAAGCGAUGUCCGAAAGCAUCGGCAGCCUGGUUUACGAACUUCUUGAAUCAGACUUGUGCUUAUCGAUAGCUCUUUCAAAAUGCUACAACCUUUUCACAU